AUGCAGAACGAUACCCAGUUUGCUGAGAAGAUCCGACACGUCCGGGACCCCAAGAAGCGCAUGGCGCUCGUCUGGGCCCACUGCAAGGGCAAAAUGAUCUGCGAGGCCGACGAGACCAAGGACGAUGAAGGUGCAGCUGCCCAACCUGCCAAGGUCGGACACGGAGGGUGCGGUCAUGUACAACCGCUCAUCCGUAAGGAGGGCCUCAAGCUUUUCCUCGUUUAUAAAAAGGGCCGCGCCGACGAUGAGGAAAUGGACGGUCGCACGUCUCAACCCGAGAAGCGAUUGUACCCUGCAUCGGACGUGUACAACACUCUCAAGAAGAUUCCUGAUUCGGACCUUGCACUCUUGGGUCUUUCUGAAGAGUUUGCGCGUCCUGAUUGGAUGAUCUUGACCGUGCUUCCUGUUCCACCUCCACCUGUCCGUCCGAGUAUCUCUGCCGAUGGAGGAACUGUCCGCUCUGAAGACGACUUGACGUACAAGCUUGGUGACAUUCUCAAAGCGUCCAUCAACGUCCGACGGUGCGAAGAGGAGGGAUCUCCUGCGCAUGUCAUUUCCGAGUUUGAACAGCUGCUUCAGUUUCAUGUUGCGACAUACAUGGAUAACGAUAUUGCCGGUAUCCCGCAAGCACUUCAGAAAUCCGGUCGUCCUGUCAAGGCGAUUCGUGCGCGAUUAAAGGGUAAAGAAGGCCGUCUUCGUGGAAAUUUGAUGGGAAAACGUGUCGACUUUUCGGCUCGUACUGUCAUUACUGGCGAUCCGAACUUGAUGUUGGACGAGGUCGGAGUGCCAAGGAGUAUGGCUAUGAAUUUGACUUAUCCUGAGCGAGUAACCCCGUAUAACAUUGAGUGGCUUCAAAUGCUCGUCCGAAAUGGGCCGCGAGAAUAUCCCGGUGCACGCUAUGUUGUUCGUGACAGCGGCGAGCGUAUCGAUUUGAGGUACAACAAGCGCGCGGAUACGUCAUUGCAAUAUGGAUGGAUCGUGGAGCGACACUUGAAGAAUGGAGACUACGUGCUGUUUAAUCGACAGCCUAGUUUGCACAAGAUGAGUAUGAUGAGUCAUCGUGUUAAGAUUAUGCCUUAUUCAACAUUCCGACUCAAUCUUUCCGUCACUCCUCCCUACAACGCCGACUUUGAUGGUGAUGAGAUGAACAUGCAUAUCCCUCAGAGCGAAGAGACUCGAGCCGAACUUAGUCAGAUUGCUUGGGUGCCCCGUCAGAUUAUCUCCCCUCAAGCGAACAAACCCGUCAUGGGUAUUGUGCAGGACACGCUUUGCGGUAUCCGAAAGAUUACCCUCAGGGAUAACUUCCUCGACUGGAACUUUGUUCAGAACAUCCUCCUUUGGGUCCCCGAAUGGGACGGCCAAGUUCCGGUCCCGACUAUCUUGAAACCUAAACCCCUUUGGACAGGAAAGCAAAUCUUGAGUUUGUGUAUUCCCUCGGGUAUCAACGUUUUCCGUGCACCUGACAAGGAUAAACGCACCAACCGAGUUCCUGCAAACCCCGCAAACGACGAUGGUAUUUGCAUCGAAAACGGAGAAAUUCUUUACGGUGUAGUCGAGAAGAAGACUGUCGGUGCUUCCCAAGCCGGUCUCAUCCACAUCACGUUCCGUGAAAAGGGGCCCGAAAUUACGCGCGAUUUGUUCACCUCGCUUCAAAAGGUGGUCAACUUUUGGCUCCUUCACAAUGGGUUCAGUAUCGGUAUCGGCGACACGAUUGCAGACAAGGAUACCAUGUCCAAGAUCACUAUUCACAUCGAGACGGCCAAGAACAACGUGCUCCAGCUGAUUCAAAAGGCGCAGUACGAUGGUCUUAGGGCCGAGCCGGGUAUGACUAUCCGAGAGUCAUUCGAGAGUCACGUCAAUCGAGAAUUGAACAUGGCUCGUGACAAGACGGGUAAAGAUGCUCAAGACAGUCUCAAGAACGAUAACAACGUCAAGCAAAUGGUCGUCGCAGGCUCCAAGGGAUCUUUCAUUAACAUCUCCCAAAUGUCCGGUUGUGUCGGCCAACAAUCCGUCGAAGGAAAGCGUAUUCCGUUCGGAUUCAAGCAUCGCACGCUGCCUCAUUUCAACAAGGACGACUACUGCGCCGAGUCCAGAGGGUUCGUCGAGAAUUCCUAUCUCCGUGGGUUGACUCCCCAAGAGUUCUUUUUCCACGCCAUGGCUGGUCGUGAAGGUUUGAUCGACACGGCCGUCAAGACUGCCGAAACUGGGUAUAUCCAACGUCGAUUGGUCAAGGCUAUGGAAGAUAUUGCCGUCUGCUACGAUGGAACCGUCCGAAAUUCGCUGGGUGAUAUUGUCCAAUUCGCGUAUGGCGAGGACGGAAUGGAUGGCGCCUUUAUCGAACGACAAUCCGUCGAGCCUUACCGCCUCUCGAACCGCGCGUUUGAGCGCAAAUACCGCGUUGACGUGCUUGAAGCUGGAAGCGGCUUUUCGCCAGGCACUCUCCAAGUCGGACUCGAUGCCUCUUCGCCCGAACUGCAAUACAAGCUCGACAAUGAGUACGCCCAACUCGUCAAGGACCGAAAGAUGCUCCGAGAGUUUAUCUUCAAGACUGCGGACCCUAACCAACCCCAUUACCUCCCCGUUAACCUCCGUCGUGUUAUCCAGAACGCGCAACAGAUUUUCCACAUUGACCGACGCAAGCCAAGUGAUCUUGAGCCUGCGUAUAUCAUGGAUGAGGUUUCAGGACUUAGUUCGCGAUUAAUCGUCGUGCGAGGCGAAGAUCCUAUCAGUCUCGAGGCCCAAGAUAACGCGACGAUGCUUUUCAACAUGCACCUUCGCUCCACAUUCGCCACUCGCCCCGUCCUCGAAGAACUUCGCCUGACAAAACAGGCGUUUGACUGGAUCAUUGGUGAAGUCGAGACCAAGUUCAACGCGUCGAUUGUCAACCCCGGAGAAAUGUGCGGUACCCUCGCUGCCCAAUCUAUCGGAGAACCGGCUACGCAGAUGACGCUCAACACUUUCCAUUAUGCUGGUGUGUCGAGUAAGAACGUCACGCUUGGUGUGCCUCGUUUGAAGGAAAUCAUCAACGUCGCAACGAACAUCAAGACCCCUUCGCUUACGGUGUACCUCCAGUCCGAGUAUGCUUCGAGCAAACACAAGGCCAAGACGAUCCAGACUGAGCUUGCUCAUACUACGCUUCGUACUAUUACCGCCACGACCGAAAUCGUUUAUGAUCCCGAUCCCACCAACACUAUCAUUGACGAGGAUCGCGAUUUCGUCGAGACCUUCUUUGCCAUCCCCGACGAGAGUGUCGAGCGGACGUUGUCUCAGCAAUCCCCAUGGGUUCUUCGUAUCCAACUUGACCGUGCCAAGGUCCUCGAUAAGAAACUCGACAUGGCCUACAUUGCCGAUCGCAUUGAACAGGCAUUCUACCCGGAUAUGAAAGUUAUUCCUUCCGAUGACAACGCCGAGAAGCUUAUCCUCCGCUGCCGACCUAUCGUCAUGCAAGACAAGGACGAAGAAGCAUUCGAAAAUACCGAAGAAGAUAUCUUCAUCCGUCAGAUUGAACAUAACAUGCUCGACUCGGUCACGCUCCGUGGUGUCAAGGGCAUUCGUCGUGUGUUCAUGGUCGAGCAUGAUAAGCCUAUGAUCGACGCUGCUGGAGAGCUGCAACCACGUUCGGCCAAGGAGUGGGUCCUCGAAACCGAUGGCGUAAACUUGAAGAGUGUGCUCAGCGUCGACGGCAUUGACUUUACACGUACUUACUCCAACAAGUGCCCUGAGGUGUUCGAGGUUCUGGGUAUCGAGGCUGCGCGAGCUGCCAUCUUGAGAGAACUGCGCAACGUUAUCGAGUUUGAUGGUUCUUACGUCAAUUACCGACACUUGGCGCUCCUCACCGACCUGAUGACGAACCGUGGCACGCUGAUGGCUAUUACUCGACACGGUAUUAACCGAGCAGAUACGGGUGCUCUCAUGCGUUGCUCGUUCGAAGAAACUGUCGAAAUCCUGAUGGAGGCCGCUGCAGUUGGUGAAAAGGACGAUUGUUAUGGUGUUGCAGAGAACGUAUUGUUUGGACAAAUGGCGCCGAUGGGAACGGGCUCUUUCGAUGUUGCGCUCGAUGUAGACAUGCUCAAAGACGUCAUUGUUGACUCGCGACUGCCGAUCCAAAACAUGAUGGCGGCUCAAAUGGGCGGAGGAGCGACCCCGGCUGGAGGCCUGGCCAUGACACCGUACGAUUCCGCGUCCCCUAUGCAGGCCGAGGCGUGGAGAACCGAGGGUGCAGCGUUCUCGCCUUUGGCAACCAACGCUGACGAAGCAUCGGGCGGUUUCUCAUUUAUUCCAUUUGGUCAAAGUCCAAUGGGUCCAGAUUCGCGGUUCGGUGGUUACUCUCCUUCUUCUCCUGGGUACUCUCCUACUUCUCCGUUUAUGCCAACUUCGCCGAUGGUCGCAGCCACUUCUCCUUAUGGUGCCUCACCGUUUGGCGCAACGUCGCCGUAUGCAACGUCGCCAGCGUACUCCCCAACAUCACCAAACAUGAACCUCACGUCGCCACAGUACAGCCCUACUUCGCCACAGUACUCUCCAACAUCACCUACUUACAGUCCUACUUCUCCAACAUAUUCUCCCACUUCACCACGUUAUUACAGCACAUCACCGAGCUUCAGUCCUGCGUCACCCCGUUACUCCCCAACUUCGCCUCGUUACAGUCCUACUUCUCCCAUGCAAGCUUCGCCUACAUCGCCAAAGAUGACAUCGCCGCGAUACUCACCAACAUCGCCGACGUACAGCCCUGCGUCUCCGGCUUAUACUCCAGUAUCGCCAGCUUACAGCCCUACCUCUCCUGUUUGGUCGCCACGAUCUCCCGCACCUGGAGAUUCCAAUAACCAGAACCAGCAGAACCAGACGAAUGGGCAGACAUCUCCUUGGGGUAACACGGCAACUUACCAAGCGUCGCCGUCAUGGAAGUAG